UGCUAAAACUCGGAGUGAUGUCAUUUUAAAAACCAACACAAAUUGACUAUUAAAGUUUGAUAGUCUAAUAGUCCAAAAGAAAAUGAUCCAAUUAGAGCGWACUAAGGUGCAUUUAACUAAUUCACUUUUUUUUAAUUCACUCAAUACAGAACAGAAAACAAGUUUUUUAUUUAUUUAUUUUCGUUUAUGMACUUAUCGAGCUUAGGGUCAACGUGUUUCUAUUAGCGCAUUGGUAACAUUUUCACAGUCCGGUGCAAACAAAUUUAAAAGAUUUUCGUCGAGACAAUUACUAAUAGCCAGUGCCUAAUUAGUUCUAAUGGUCAUACACCAAAAAAAGAAAAGGAACGGUUCUUUGCGACUUUGCAUGGCAGUUUAUGUUGAGUACAGACCGGAGAAAAUCCAAAAUCAACUCGAUUUAUCGAUGGCAAUAUAUCAUAUCUAUCGGCAAUUUUUAUUCUGGACAUAAGUGUAAAGCGGAUCUGAAAGCAUGCUUUAGCGCGUUCGGAAAACUAAUCCUACAUCAACCAAAGUAAGUCAAUGUUGUGCCAUAGUUAAUGAUUUAGUGAACUUCUCCUCAAAGGUCAGUACCUACAGGAAAUACUAGGUCACGUGCCUAACUGUGUGUCAUGUCAAUCAACUCUCUGUUAGAUGAUAUCUAAAAACUUAUUACGAAACGACUUUAAGUGUAUCAGACAGGCUCCUCUACGCUAACCUUUAUACUCAACAAUUUAUAUAUUGUCUGUUUGAACUUGRAUUUUAUUCAAAUUUGUGCAGAAUAAGGGACCCGCAUGGAAGCUAACUGCUUUGUUGGUCAGUGAGAAAGUCGUAAACGAUGGAAAUUCCUGAGGAUGUCUAUAGUUUCCACGCGCCGUCGCAUGUGAGUGAUGGUAUUUCUACUGGACUAGAUUUGGAUUAUGAUAUAUUCUGUAACGAUGCUUCGCAACAAGGGUUUCUUGGCAGUGAAAAUGCUGGAGCCAACACUGUUUACGCCAUGGACCAACCAGAACAAGUGCACGUCAAURCAGGAUAUGUCAGUCAUGAAGGGCGUGACGUCAUGUUUUGUCCAGAACAAAAAUAUGACGCAGUUGGACAAUACACAGUAGAACCAAUAAAUAUUCCCCUCUCAAAACGGCAAGAACCACUUACCCUCACCCCACCCCGGUCAGUAGGAUCAGAUUCACCUAUGGACGAUCAAGGAAUUGCCGUCCACAUGGGACCAGACACCACUAUCGAUGUGGCGAAGUAUGCAAGUAUCUUUGGUAACCAUUCGUUACUAAGCAACGGUCUAGAAGACCCUAUGAAUGAUUCACCAAUAUACGUUAUACAUUCCUCAAGGGAGCCCGAACCAAGACGAAAGAGAAGAAAAACCGAACCAGAUGCCAUGAUAUCCGACUCUCCAUCUGGCAUGACAGCAAUCAAGAGUGAACCAUGUAGCCUUAGUGACGAUGUGUUUAUUGACACUGACAGUAGUACAAGUAGCYUAUGCAAUGAAAUGCCGUCUCCAGAUGGUGACGUCACGUCGUACCAGUGUUUGAAAUGGUCGCAGUUUAAGAAAAACCAUUGGCRAAGCCUCUAUGACGAAAACCAAGAAGUUGUUUCCAUGGUCGAUUUUCAUGUUGAUGCCGACAAAGGCUUCAACUUCUCCUUCGCUGACGACUCAUUCGUCUGCCAAAAGAAAAAUCAUUUCCAGAUCACUGUAAAUAUAAAAGCGGAAUCAACUCCAAAGUACAUCAAAGUCAAGGAUAAUUUCAAACCUAUCGAUAAAUUCAAGAUUCAUCUGUUCGGAGUAAAGGUCGAGUCGAUCAACUCCACGAUUAAAAUUGAACAGUCUCAGGCAGACCGAAGCAAACGACCCUACGAACCUGUAACCAUUCCUUUUCCUGAUCAAGAACCGUCGAGAAUGACCAUCGGACGACUGCCUCUAAUCCGGGACAGUUCGAAAAUGAUGUCGAGGUCGUUUGGUCACGUGGUCACACAGCAGACUCUGUUUUCAGAGUGGGUCGAGUGGGAAUUAAUACCGACAGGCCUUGCGAGUCACUAUCAGUCCAUGGUAAUGUACGAGUCACGGGGAGAAUCAUGAUGCCAUCUGAUAAACGAAUUAAAGAAAACUUGACCGAGGUUGACAGUAGCGAGCAGCUUCGAAAUGUCUCCAAAAUGAAGUUAUACCGCUACAGUUACAGCCAAGAGUAUUUGGACAUUGCUGGAGUGAAUACGGAUCUAGAUACUGGUGUCAUAGCUCAAGAAGUUCGAGAGGUCUUGCCAGAUGCUGUCAAAGAAUCGGAAGACCUAAAGCUUCCCGAUGGUAAAAAGAUCGAGAAGUUUCUAGUUGUUAAUAAAGAACGGAUUUUCAUGGAGAAUGUUGGAGCUGUCAAGGAGCUUUGUAAGCUGACAGACAAACUAGAAAUUAGGAUCGACGAGUUAGAAAAAGUCAGUAAAAAAUUACAGUCGCGCCGSCGAGCAGACACGUCCAGCAGUUGUUUUAGUUCCCUGUCAAGAGCAAGUUCGUUUAGUCAAACUUCCUCGACACGAAGCACAGUCGAUGAACCUUCGUCUCCAGAAAAGAAAACUAGUCGUCAUGGUCACCGUUACCGCUGUGCAAGGCACAACUGUCAGCAG